AAAUCAACCGAAAGCCUCUCCAUUUUCUCUUCGCCGCUCUGUUUUAGUUCACCAGUGGCUGUUUUUCCUUCUGUGGAAUCUCUCGAAUCCACCAUCCUUUCCGCCGCCGAAUCAUGCCUCCGAAAUUCGACCCAAGUCAGGUAGUUGACGUCUUCGUUCGCGUUACCGGAGGUGAGGUCGGAGCCGCCAGUUCUCUCGCUCCCAAGAUCGGUCCUCUCGGUCUUUCCCCUAAGAAGAUCGGAGAAGACAUUGCUAAAGAGACCGCUAAGGAAUGGAAAGGUCUUAGGGUUACUGUAAAGCUUACCGUCCAAAAUCGUCAGGCGAAGGUCUCCGUUGUGCCUUCUGCCGCGGCUUUGGUAAUUAAGGCUUUGAAGGAGCCGGAACGUGACCGGAAGAAAACUAAGAACAUCAAGCAUAAUGGAAAUAUUUCUCUUGAUGAUGUUAUUGAGAUUGCUAGGGUUAUGCGGCCCAGAUCGAUGGCUAAGGAUCUCUCUGGCUCCGUCAAGGAGAUCCUUGGUACGUGUGUGUCUGUUGGUUGUACUGUUGAUGGCAAGGACCCGAAGGAUCUUCAACAGGAGAUUUCCGAUGGCGACGUUGAAAUCCCCCAAGAUUGAGAGUAAAACUUUCUUUGGCCACUCCAUUAGAAUGAGGGAUAUUGAAUUUACUUCUACAUCUUUGUUUGAUCAGUUUUGCUAUUUAAAGUAAGUUUUAGGGUUGUUCCUCUCUCUCUCUCUCUCUUGUUUAUCUGCGUUUUUUGUUGGUUUUUUUUAAAAGCUUGAAUUGGAUUAUUGCAAUGAAUAUCAAAGCUCUAUUUCUGUUCUAUCAUU